AUGCUCGAAACAAUUGGUGCAGCCGCUUUAUGUCUUCUGCAUCAUGGCUUCGAUUCAGAGAUCUACGGUUUAUUACCUUAUGCCUACCAGCUAUACGGAAGGUCAAUCCUGUUGAAUAUCUUUCUACACUGCAUACGACACUUCUACGAUGGCUCUCGUAAAAGCUUUGGAAGUACAAGCUUGUAUACUAAAUUGUUGUGCGGUAUCCUAAUAGCGGCCCUUCUCGACACAGUUUGGCGGAAUUUCGUUCCAUUCUAUUUAGCAGGAAUUCAGCAUCCUUAUGUCGACCAGGGAGCUGCCAUCCAAGAAUACACAUUGAUUGGUUCGAUUGUAAUCGCGAAUCUGAUGAUGGCACUGGAUGUUCCACCGAACGUACAAUUCACCAUUUAUUAUGAGGUACACGACAGUGAGAGGCAGCAGAACAGUGCGACUGCACUACACCGAUAUCAUCCGAGUGAUAAACACCUAUUUGCAUUAUCAAAUAAUUAA